UACACCCAGACUGUCCUGGGCCAGCAGCGCUCAGUAGGUUCCGGGUCCGGUGACUCGCGUGACUGCAUCGUCGGGUGCGCGGACGGAGGAUCUGUCAGAUCGGCGUCAGAUCGGCCUUGGGGAAGAAGUUCCCUAGGCCGUAGCGCCCAUGGCGGGCGAGGGAUUAGGGCAACAGGGCACGAUGGCCAGCGCAGCGCCGGAGACCCGAGAGCACCUCUUUAAGGUGCUGGUCAUCGGCGAGCUGGGCGUGGGUAAGACGAGCAUCAUCAAGCGCUAUGUGCACCAGCUCUUCUCCCAGCACUACCGUGCCACCAUUGGCGUGGACUUCGCCCUCAAAGUUCUCAACUGGGACAGCAGGACGCUCGUGCGCUUGCAACUGUGGGAUAUCGCGGGACAGGAGCGGUUUGGCAACAUGACUCGAGUAUACUAUAAGGAAGCUCUUGGAGCAUUUGUAGUCUUUGAUAUAUCGAGAAGUUCUACAUUUGAUGCAGUCCUGAAAUGGAAAAAUGAUCUGGAUAGUAAAGUUCAUCUUCCCAACGGCAGCCCCAUUCCUGCUGUCCUCCUAGCAAACAAAUGUGACCAGAAGAAGGACAGCAGCCAUAGCCCUUCCCAGAUAGACCAGUUUUGUAAAGACCAUGGCUUCACUGGAUGGUUUGAAACUUCUGCCAAGGAUAAUAUAAACAUCGACGAGGCCACCCGCUUCCUAGUGGAAAACAUGCUUGCAAACCAGCAAAGCUUUCCUAGUGAAGAAAUCGACCUGGACAGAAUUAAACUGGUGGAGGAGCCCCCCACAGCAAAGCCCAGGUCCCAGUGCUGCUGAUGUGUCACUGUGCCCUGUACGCUGUCUCCUUGGUCCUGCGUGUAUCGAGGCUGCCCUUUCCCAACCUUCGGUGCCACUGUGCUCCGUGAAUCUCCCUCAGGGGCACAUUACCCUUCAGCUAUACAGGCACCACCCAUCUGAAGAUCCAUGGAGAACUGUUCCCACGAGAGGCUCUGUGGCUUUACCAGAGGACCCCGCAGGCACGUGUUGUACUGCCAAAUACAAACUAAUGUUUACAGCCUUUGAAAUAUUUUUGUACAUGAAUUUCAAAAGUUAGCUUUUAGUGUGAGUGCUAGGUGGGGUCGUAGAAAAAGCUCCCUCGGCAUGGUGAUUUUGACUUUUUAGUGACUUUGUUCCUGUAUACAAUCCUCACCUUAGCACAUUUUUUCCCCCUUUUCUAAGGUGUUAAACUACAGAGACCUGAAGGUCCCAUGCGGUUAUAUCCUAGACAAAACUUUGUAUGUCAUGUAAAAUUUUCAUCCUUAAGUAACAUGAUUCCAGAACACAUAGCUGUUGUAUAACAAAGUCACUCCGAGUCACCUUAAGAAUCCCUUCUUUAAUUAACCCGGCGUGGCGGCGCACGCCUUUAAUCCCAGCACUUGGAAGGCAGAGACAGGCAGAUUUCUGAGUUCGAGGCCAC